AUGUCGGUAAAUUUCAUUGACGAGUUCAACAAACGAGCAGAAAAACUUAAUGCAAAUUUCAUCAGUGAGAGUGACUUCAAGAAAAAACGACAAAUGGUAGAGAAAAUACUUGCACUUUAUCUGAAUAUUGCAGAGGAUCCCAAGCCAGAAAUGAUAAAACUAUCUAAAAAGGUGAAAACUAGAAGUUCUACAUCAUAUGAUAGGAAGAAAAUGGAAGAAGGAACUCAAAAUUGCGAAGAUAUCAGAGAUACACAAACUUAUAAAAUUCUUAAAGAACACUUGCAUUAUACUGAUAAAGAGAAGGUACCAAUUGUUAUCAUCCAAAGCUUUCUGAGAAAUGCUCCACUCACAGAGGAAGAGAGAAGGAAUUUUAGAGUUGCUAUCAAAAAUCAGCUAAUUGCAUACAAUAUACUUGACCAUCACAUUGACUGGCUUAAAAAGAACAUAUUGAUUGCUGAAGAAGCAGGCAUAAAGAUCUUCAUGUUUGAUCCUGAUAAACGGAGCCGAAAGUAUAAAGAGACAUCCAACUCAGACGAUAAUGAUUCAGCCUAA